UGUGUGUGUGUGUGUGUGUGCACGCUGGCACAGACCGUAAGUUGUAAAGUCUGCGAGCGGAGGCUGUGAUUGGCUGGCUCGCCCAUCGAUUGCAUGCUACCCGGGGAUGACGGGGGCCAACGUCAGUCUCGCCUGGAUGCCAGCCGACUCCACGCGCGCCCAGGGUGGCACGAAGAUGCACGAGGCCCAGCCUCCAAAGUAGAUUAAGCUCAUUUUUCCGGUUACUUAGUGUGCAGCCACAUAUUUGGCGGCACUCGAUAGAGGGAGCCACUCGUAAUGUUACAAAGGAAGUGUCAUUUUGUAUGGAUGUCGUUGCCAUGGUAUCAUAAAUGAUCGCCGACGAUGGUCACGGACGCUUUAGAUAUUUCGCUCGAAGUUCUGUCAAUGGAGGAAGGCUGGGGGUGUGUGGGGUGUGUGUGUGUGAAAUAAAGUCGGGAAAUGUUUAGCUGUGAGCACGUGCAGGGUCCAUUAAAUCUUUGUCGACUGCACCGCAUUCAAACGCCCUCCGUCCGAGUGCUCCAGGAUAGUGCGGUUCUAUAUAAAUAUUUUCUUAUUUGGCAGAUCCGUGUGGCAGGUUGUCGGCCUUUAUGGAUGCGCACCCAGGAGAGGGCCACUUGUAAUUACCGUCGACUCUAAACUGUCAAAAACUGGAUGACGAUCGCCGACAGAGAGCAGGUUCCAUACAUGAGUGGUCGUGAGUGAUCGUGACCAUCGUUCACACGCACCACCGAGCUUGCAAGACGUGUGACUUGGGGCUCAUUACCACAGUGGCGACACCUGGCAGUCAACAGCAGGCGGAGAUAACUAACUUCUCAGUGAUUUCCUGUGCAUCAACACUUCUCAGCGGAAGAGAGCACUCAGAAAUCAGAGGCAUUGGCCAAGAGUGGUUCUCUAGUCACUUUCUGGUAGACAUUGGACAUCGGAAUGAAUACCAUUAUGAUUGAAUCGUUUAUGUGAUUUGAGUCACGUGAUGCAGGCAUCCAUUAUUUAUCUUAUACCUCACAAUUUUGGUGAGCAGGACGGAGCGUGAAACAGAGAACCGUAAGAUUUUAUUUUAGAUGGAUCAUUGGUGGUAGGAUAGUAAGUAAAGCAGACAACCCUUCAGAUAAAACUCCCGGCAUUCACCUGUCACGCAGUGAUGAUGCCUCAGUGCAAGGAUUGCUGACAUCGCGAGCUGCUUACUUCACAAGUAACUUUAAACGAUCAAAACACAAAAAGUCCUGCCACAAAUUUUUUAGAACCAGCACAAACGUGACAGAGGACAAUGAAUCACCCUUCCCACUGCCUGUCUCUUCCAGAACACAUCCGGGUCAUGCCUGCAUGACGUAGUUGCCAACGUGACGACGGACUGGGACUCGCUUCUGAUGACGACCACGAUGGCGGAGAGCACUUCCGGAAGGCCUAACAACACAGGCGCACGGGUUCGUCCGCGGGACAUCGGGAUGGAAGUGCAGGUUCCGAUGUACAUCGCCAUCUUCCUUCUGUCGGUCGUUGGCAACGUGCUGGUGAUGCUGACGUUGGCCCGCAACAAGAAGAUGAGGACAGUGACCAACGUCUUCCUGCUGAACCUGGCCGUGUCCGACAUGCUGCUGGCCGUCUUCUGCAUGCCCUUCACCCUCGUGCCCGUCCUCCUCCAGAACUUCAUCUUCGGCGCCGCCAUGUGCGUCAUCAUCAGGUACCUGCAAGGUGUGUCGGUGUCUGUGAGCUGCUUCACGCUGGUGGCCAUCUCCCUGGAGCGCUACUUCGCCAUCUGCCGACCUUUGCACUCGCGGUCCUGGCAGACGCUGUCGCACGCCUACAAGUCCAUCGCCGUGUGCUGGACUCUGGCAUUCGUCAUCAUGAUCCCCCUGGCAGUCUACCACCGCCUCAAGGAGAUUGGACCGACAGUGUUCGUGUGCAUGGAGGUGUGGGAGAGCGAGGACUGGCUGAAGGCCUACACCAUGAUCCUCAACAUGCUGCUUCUGGUCUUCCCCAUCCUCCUGAUGUCCUUAGCCUAUGGCUGCGUGUGCUACACCCUGUGGAUCGGCAUCAAGUCGGACACGGGGCUGUGUGACCAAGACAAGCAGAGGAACGGAACAGAAGCCGCUUACAGCACUGAGAAUGGCAGCCUGUCGCUGUACGCUGACGGUCGCUGCACGGACACCCUGCAGCAAGGUUCGAACACUGUCCACUCCAGUCGUCCCUUUCGCCGCAUGGAGGUGCACCGCGCCAUGCGCCAGUCCAACAGCGAGAAGUCACGUGCCGCUAAGAAGCGCGUGAUCAAGAUGCUCUUCAUGAUCGUCAUCGAGUUCUUCGUCUUCUGGACGCCCACCUACGUCAUCUCCACCUGGAUCGCCUUCGACCUGCCCAGCGCCCGCACGCACCUCAGCCCCAUGGUCAAGUCGCUGCUGCACCUGCUGUCGUACCUGUCGGCCUGCUGCAACCCCAUCACCUACUGCUUCAUGAACCGCAACUUCCGGCAGAGCUUCCUGGCCGUCUUCCGCUGCUCCAGGCGGCGCCACGUCUACGCCUGCCGCCGCAGUGACCUCUCCUUCUCAGGUCACACAGCGUCCUCGCGCACAGGGGUCAGCCACCUGACCUCCAACUACGACAAGAUCCGCGAGUCGGACGACAUGUCGGAGAAGUCGUUCUGAAGCGGACACUGGGCAGCGUUGAAGCUGACGGUGAUGUUGAUGUGUACCGACAAGAGUGGUUUACACGGCUCGUGCUGAUUGGUUGCCAACGAUGGGUGUUGAUGUUCUCGUCACGAAGUCCUCAGCUCCAUGACAACAGAGAUCGCCGUUCGUGCCCACAACCUUGACCUCUCGCAUGCCACUCACGCAUACCGCACACGUCAGUCUUUGCGUGCAGGUCAGGGCAGGUCACGGCUUUUACCCACCAGCAUACAGCUAGGCUGAGGUCAAGGGUGGUAGUUCAGAAGGUCACGGUUAUAUUCUCGGAAAGACCGAAGCGGUUCACGGCACUGAUGCUUGCAUUUCAGUCUUGUGCACGUGCUGCAGGAGUCUGGAGGUCUAAGUAUGACAGCACACGCAUUUCGUAAUUCCCACGACUAAUUAGCUUAGAGACUCCCAGCAUCGCUUUUCUCAUUCCAGGGUCGGAGGUUAUUCACUCUCCCACGAGGUCUGCAUGUCUCAGAUGCUUUCUCCUCUUCUCUGCCCGGCGCCUCGGUUGCACCUGUGUCCUGUGAUUUGGAGACUUGAUGGAGAGUGAUCAAAAGUAAAAAACUAGAAAAGAAGCUUUUAUUGGGGAAAGACCCUCUCUCUCUCCGUAAAGAUAAAUCUUCUCUCAGUCACUGUCAUUUUGAAUUUCGUUUUUUGAAGAAUUUCGGAUUGUACACCGCAAAAUUGUGUGAUCACAUCAGCGUUUCUUCAUUCAUAUAUUUCAGAGAGCUAUAUUGUCAAGAUGCUAGCGUUCUGUAAAUAUAUAUGUGUGUGUAUCUAUAUCUAUAUUUAUAUAUAAACGUUACAGUAUGUACAUGUUCAGAAUUACAGAAAUUCUGUGAUUAACGUUUUAUUGUACAUUUGUAAACAUUCAGCAAGAAACUAUCGCAGUGUUACGAUCUUUAAUGCCUACAAUCUAUAAAGAAAUUACUCGAUGGUCUCCUCCAUUUUGUAACUUCUUGUCGUCCUCCCCUCCUCCAUCCUUCGUGAUUACAAGCGGAUACAGUCUAUAAAUAAUCCCAGGCGUUGAGGACCAUUUUGGAAACAAAUAUAAAGUUGUAGGCUGUUUAGUUCGUGGGAACUCCUUUUAUUUAUUUUGUUGUGGUUACUGAAUACCCUUGAGUGUUUUAGCUUUCCAGCGAUCCCAUCAGCUCUGCCUUAUGUCAGGUUCCACUUGGGUGCCCCGAGUGGCUGUCCUCUGCAAAGUUAGGAGCAGAGGGUUUUCAAUCAUACAUCGUCAAGCUUAUCGGCAUUUGUGAUUUAAUGAUUUUUGACACCAGGGCAUCAUACUGAAUGCAUCUGAC